AUGGCAAAGAAGAGAAAGGCCUCGCGCACCUCAGGGCCAUCUGGCCCCAAAGAUGUCGACCCCGCCGAGGCUCGACUUGCCAUCCGGACCUAUGAAGACAUCGCCGAUGAUCAAGAGCAGUACUUCCUAGACAAAGAUAAGAUCAUGCUCGAAGAUGAGCCACAAUCCAAACGCUUAAGGACAAGCGAUCGGUUAGACGACUUCCUUGAGGCAUCCGACGAGGAGGUCCUUGGCGACGGAGAUGGCGACUCAGAGUCGGACCCGGAGGCCGACUACAGAGAACUGCAAAAGGCCGUCGAGAAGCAGAAGAAGAAGAACAAGAAGAAGGGAAAAGAUGAGGACGAGCAGCCUGGCGACGAGGAAGGUGACGAUGGCUAUUGGGGCGAUUCCAGGAAGGAAUACUACGACGCCGAUGCUAUCGAGACCGAGGCCGACGCUCUUGCGGAGGAGCAAGAAGCGAAGCGACUGCAGAAGAAGAAACUGGCCGAAAUGGACGAGGCUGACUUUAUAUUCGACGAAGAUGAGUGGGCUGCGGCAGCAGAUGACAAAGAAGAGGGGGCAGACGUGGUCACAGAGGAGCUGAAGGACAUUGAGGUCACGGAUGACAUGGACGCGAACGAGAGGUACCGGAUACUUCAAGCCAGGUAUCCGGAAUUUGUGCCACUUGUAGAAGAGUUCGAGAGACUGCAACCGCAGCUCGCCCAAUUACACAAGGAGGCUGAGGGAAAGCCUGCAAAGUCACUGGAGGUGGUCAAGCAUUGGAUACUGGGCUGCUAUGUUGCCUCUCUCGCCAGUUACUUCGCUAUUCUUACAUCACCAGCACGAGAUGCAGGCGCGCCAACUGUCUCGCUCAGUCCAGCAGAGCUCAGGGAUCACGAGGUCAUGGAAACACUGGUGAGCUGCCGUGAGGCAUGGCAGAAGGUCCGAGACCUGAAGGCCACCAAGACCGCCAGUGAAGAGCCAGAGCUAGACACCGAGGAGGAUAUUUCAAUGGCCGAGGAAGACAUCAAACCUGUCAAGAAAUCCAAGCUGCUACUGAAGGCCGAUGCCGACCGCAAGAAGAAAAAGAAGAAGGCAGAAAAGGAGAGGCUUGCCAAGGCCAAAGCAGUCGAGGAGUCGCUUGCUGAUCUUUCCACGCUGCUCACCGAACCCAAGAAGGCUAAGAUGGUCAAGACUGUCGCAACAACACAAGAGGAUGACCACUCCGACUUUGGUGAAGAGGAAGCCCUCGACGCAAGAACGGCUGCCGACAAGGCUGCUAAGAAGAAGAGUCUGCGCUUCUACACCUCGCAGAUCGUGCAAAAGGCCAGCCGCCGUGCUGAUGCUGGUCGCGAUGCGGGUGGUGACGCAGAUAUUCCUUACCGCGAGCGCCUCAGGGACCGUGCAUUACGACUCAAUGCGGAAGCCGAGAAGAGAGGCAACAAGGACUCCAAGCACGGCACAGCGCUGGGCGAUGACGACAGUAGCGGGGACGAGGCCGUGGCCAAGCAGGUACGAGGCGAAGAGGACGAGUAUUACGACAUGAUAGCACACCGGUCGAAGGCCAAGAAGGACGACAAGACUGCACGGAAGGAGGCACUUGCGGCGGCCAGCGUGAGGGAUCGCGUGGUGGAAGUGGAGACGGUUGGGGCGGAUGGGAAGAGAAAGAUCAACUACCAGAUAGAGAAGAACAAGGGCUUGGCACCGAAGAGGAAGAAGGAGGUGCGAAACUCGAGGGUCAAGAAGAGGAAGAAGUACGAGGACAGGCAGAAGAAGCUGAAGAGCAUGAAGGCAACGUACCAGGGAGGAGAGGGCAAGGGCGGAUACCAGGGAGAGACGACUGGUAUCAAGACGGGCCUGAUCAAGAGUGUCAAGCUGUAG